AGCACGUUUGAGUAAUAUGCUUAAUUUGAAGACAGAUUAGAUAUUUUUAUCAUAAACUUUUGGUUAUAUUCCACGACACUAAAUUUAUUUUAAUUUCGAAAUGGACGACAAGAUGGUUUUUCGGACGGGGAUAGAACUUUCGGAAGUAAAAUACAAUGGCUUUUGGGACUGGUUCGUCCACGUAUCAGAUGUACAAACUCUCUGGAAGCUCCAACCAACAUAUCUGAUCGUUCAAGCUGUUUAUUGUUUAGGAGCGCUUUUAACACUAAUCCAUGCUCUUAUUAACAAAGGUAGACUACCAUAUCUAUGGAUCGGAGUACUACUCCAUGGUAUAUACGUUGAAGUUAUCACAUAUUUUCUUCCUGAUAUCGACAACUUCUGGCAUUCACAAACCCCAAUUAUCUUCGUAGGGAGAAGAUUGCCCCUACAUAUUAUGCUUUUAUAUCCCUGUUUCAUCUACAACGCACAAAUCGCCGCAGCUAAACUCAAACUGCCCAAAUGGUCUGAGCCUUUUUUGGUAGGCCUUCUAGUAGUCUUAAUCGAUUUACCAUAUGACAUCGUCUCAGUAAAAUACGUCCACUGGACCUGGCACGAUACCGAUCCGAAUCUAUUUGACAGGCACUACUGGGUACCAUGGAACUCCUACUUUUUCCACACAACAUUCGCAGCAGGAUUUACGUUCUGGUUCCAUUUCCUCAGAGAAAAAAUCUGCAACAGUGGGGAUCGAUGGGUAGCAGACAAAAGCGUAUUCAAGGAAUUAGUAUGUACCAUUCUUCCUGCAGUCUUGGGAUUUCCAACAGGAAUCAUCGGUUUUAUACUGAUAUACCAUCCACUUCACGAUCUGUACAACAUCCACAGCGAAAUAACAUACAUAAUCCUGUUCGUUAUUUGCCUGUUACUCUCGUGGACAGGUGAGCGCGUAACAGCGCAAAGAGAAGGCGCUAACAACGUGGUUGGCAAACUUCAUUGGAGUUCGUAUUUAACUUUGUUUCAUCUAGUUGUUCACUACGCUACGUUUAUGUUAAUGCUGAUAUUCUUCAAUCCAGAGGAUGAAGUAUCAACGGGUAUGAAAGAGCCAAUUGGACCUUGUGACGAGUACUCUCCAUUACAGACAGUCUUUGGAAUGACUUUACAGAAACGGAAAUGGUUAUGUCCAACGGACUACGAUGAAGACUAUUUCGAUUUUCACUGCUUGCCGAACAAGAAUAAGUUCCCAUCCAACGGUUCCAUCUGGUACACUAUUUGUGGCACACCGUUUGAGAACAGGGCCGAAUACAUCACAAUCAUAGGUCUAAUUUGCUUGAUGGCGGUUGGAGUUUUUGGAAAUUUGUAUUUCAGAUCUUAUGGUGACACAGUAUUCGCGAAAAAAGUUGUAAAAGAUAAAAGUGAAAUGAAAAAGAAACGCAAAUAAAAUGUUUUUUAAUUUUUU